AUGUUGGGGGAACUGAUAUUUGUUUUCCGGAGUCUCCUUACCCUCCUUGCUUCCUCGGGCACCAUGGGAGCCGUGGUGGCUUGGCUGAUAAGCUAUAAGCCAGUUUUGUUUGGGUUCCUAUUCCUUCUGCUGUUGCUUAGCAACUGGAUGGUCAAGUAUGAACUCAAGCCCACCCCCUCAGAGCCCUGUAAGGAGGCAAUAACACCCAAGACUCCUGAAUGCAAACCCAUCAACAACGUGACCAUGAAAGCUAAGGAAGUGGAGAGGCUGCACGCCUGCUUUGCGCUCCAGGACAAGAUCCUCGAACGGCUUUUGUUCAGCGAACUAAAGUUGAAGGUCUUGGAAAAUCAGAUGUUCAUCGUAUGGAAUAAAAUGAAUCACCAUAAGCGGUCAAGCAGAUAUCGGACUUUCCCCACGAAGAAACACAAAACGAGGAGGCACGAGUCAGUUUUCUCCAUCCUCUCUGAUUGUACUUCCAAUUCCCCCACCUAA